AUGGGCCAUUUCAAUCCUGAGCCAGAAUUGAAAAAACCGUGGAUUGAGACGCCAUUGAUUGAGUCGGCGGUAUUUUCCAAGGCUGCGGGGUGCAGAGUAUUCCUUAAGAUUGAGACGCUUCAACCGUCCGGCUCGUUUAAAUCACGGGGCAUUGGGAAUUUGAUACUCUCAUCUCUUUCUGAUCCAACAAACAAUGGGAAGACCCUGCAUUUCUUCAGCUCUUCCGGGGGUAACGCUGGACUUGCCGCAGUUGUGGCGGCUAGGGAUCUUGGCUGUGCCUGUACUGUGGUCGUGCCCCUGAGCGCCCAGCCUAUGAUGGUUCAAAAGCUUCGCACAGCAGGUGCUUCGGAUGUCAUCAUCCACGGCGCCAGUUGGUUCGAAGCCGAUAGGUAUCUGCGAGAGACGUUCAUCGAAAACCAAAGCAACGAACCCGGUUCCUCAGCCAGAAACAUUUAUGUCCCACCUUUCGAUGACCAUCGGAUUUGGCAAGGGGCGGGAAGUCUGGUUGAUGAGAUGGUAAAGCAGUUGCCCCCAAGACAAAACAGCUUCCCAGCAGAGGCAAUUGUCUGCAGCGUUGGUGGUGGUGGACUUUUGAAUGGGAUCGUCGACGGUCUGGAAAGACAUUUACCAGCCAAGCACCCGACCUCGCUUCCGGAGGAGGUGAAGAAGGUUCGAAUCAUCGCCACUGAAACGGAUGGCGCGCAUUCGUUGGCACAUUCACUGCGUCAGGGCUCUUUGCAAUCUCUACCUGCCAUUACAUCGCAGGCAAACACCCUCGGAGCGCUAUGUGUUGCACCGCAGACCUUCAAAAACGCAUACUCUCCUCCGUCUGGGGUCGAAGUGACCAGCGUUGUGGGAACUGAUGCGGAUGCAGCAAGAGGAGUCGUGCGAUUGUGUGACGAGUUGCGGUUGGAGGUUGAGCUUGCUUGUGGUAUCAGUGUACAAGUUGGGCUGGAAAGGCUGAAAGAAGUCUUGCCAGACUUGACACCGGAUACUCGAGUGGUGAUCAUUGUUUGUGGCGGAAGUGGUGUUACCCCGGAGAUGAUCGCGGACUACCGUCAAAAGCUUCAGAAUGGGUGGCAGUGA